AUGCGAUCUCUCCUUGCGCUGCCAGCACUACUAUAUGGUGAGGAUCUGGUAUUGCGAUUCAACAUUAGCUCUCACAAGGAGGCUGCGAGCCUAGCGGAAGCAGCAGACACGCUUCUGCUUGACGUUUGGGAGUUUGCGAGAGAUUGGGUGGACAUAAGACUGUCCAAAGAGACUGUGCCUCUCCUGCUUGCACUAUUACCUGCAUCGCUCCAACACGCCCACAGGCCGUUGCUGAGAGAGCAGGAGCUGGCCAAGGCAAUCGUCAACAAUUAUCAAAAGCACCACGAUAAGCCUAAGACGAGCGAAGCAACUCCCUUCCCAACUCGAACGUCUUUCUCCCCCACCCUGGAUCCUUCCGCGCAGGCAGAGACAAACAUUUUCUUUGCUGACUACCAGCCAUUCUCGGUGAUUGAGCCAUGGCUGCGGCUGCUCGCCUCCCUUUUUACGACACAUGUAAGGCAUCUGAACAUCGGACUUUCCUACGAAGGGCGUAAUAUUCCUGGAUUGCGCAUCGGUGUGCAUCCAACAAACUCCGAAGAUCCGGAACAGCCCAAGCGGAAGACGAUUCUCAUCGUUGGCAGUCUUCAUGCGCGCGAGUGGGUCAGUACGACCACCGUCAACUACAUUGCUUACUCUCUCAUCACCGGAUAUGGAAAAAUUCCAAGCGUGACGAAGCUGCUUGAGGCAUUCGACUUUGUGCUGAUCCCAACCUUGAAUCCAGAUGGCUACGUCUACACUUGGGAGACGGAUCGACUUUGGAGGAAGAACCGACAACAAACUGGCAUCCGCUUCUGCCAAGGCAUCGAUCUCGACCGCUCAUUCGGCUUCGAGUGGUCGGCCACUGACAAUCCUUGCAGCGAAUCGUUUUCGGGCGAGUCCCCUUUCGAUGCUGUUGAGGCCAAGGCUUUCGCAAAUUGGGCCAAGAAUGAGACUGAAACCAACAACGUAGAAUUCGCAGGCUUUUUGGAUCUCCACAGUUACUCACAGGAGAUCCUCUACCCAUACAGCUACUCCUGCGAUGAUAGUCCGCCAGGAUUGGAAAAUCUUGAAGAGCUGGCUUACGGUCUUGGUCGCGCUAUCCGUGUUACGCAUAACCACAAUUAUGAGGUUAUGCCAGCAUGCGAAGGGAAUGUGAUGUACACGGCUGCUAAUAAGAAGGAACAUCUAAGACCACGAAUGGAGGAAUCCGGCGGUUCGGCGCUCGACUUCUUCUACCGCACAAUGGGUGUGAGAUAUGCCUAUCAAGUUAAGCUCCGUGAUCGCGGCACUUAUGGCUUCUUGCUGCCACGAGAUAAUAUCAUCCCCACCGGAAAGGAGAUAUUGAAUGCGGUGCUUUAUUUUGGAGGCUUCUUAAGCGAGCUCUACGACCUGGGCAACUCUGAGGUCGAGCUGAUCAAGCCCGCAAUGGAGUCGGAAGAGACCACUUCCGCGGAGUCGGCUGGCGACACUGGACUACGAGACGAGGAGCCCAGGGUGGUAAGAGAGGAUCUUAGCGAGGAUGAUGGCGCCACCAAAUGGGAUCUAAAAAGAAGGCGGCGGCGUUAAGACCGGCCCUGGUAUAAUCUUCAAAUUCGUAUGUACAUGGUAGCCUGAUAUUUGAUCAGCUGUACUUCUC